UUUAUUGGCAUCUCUCUCCGUCCCUGCACUCCUCCACUGGGGGAGUCGCGCCGGCCACCACAGCGCAGAAGAACACAGCACCCGCCUGCCUCGCCGCCGCAAUGGCCGCCGCCGCCUCAGCUGCGAGAUCCUUCCUCCGGUCCAGCGGCUCAUCAUCACUCCGCAGCGCGGCAGCCAGAGCCGCCUCGCGUGCCGGACCGGCUCCGCUGCCGAGGCGGAUGCCCACCUCUGCCCCCCGCGCACUCCUAAGGUCGCCGGUGGAGAUGAGCAGCGUGUGCCUGGAGUCCCUGAUGCCCAUGCACAGCGCCACGGCUUCGGCGCUCAUGACGUCGCUACUCGCUGCCCCGGCUUGCAAGGGAUUCGGUUGGCUAUCAGAAGGUGAUUUGCCCUGGUCUCAGUUUCAUUUCCUUGCUUCGCAAUGUUAGAUUAUAAUUUGUUAUUUACCAUAUUAGCUUGUUGCCACAUAUAGGAGACAGCUUAAGCCCGAUCACAAUUCGCACGCACCCGUUUUCCUUCGUUGAUGCAUAUCUUUUAGGUCAUCCAGAGUAGUGAUAAGAAUUUGAUGUUUCUGGGGGUAAUUUUGAUCUCAAGCAUGUUGAUUGCUGCAACAAAUUUAGCAAGCCAAGUUAAUGUUGUAUGACCAAACAAACAGGCAAUCACUUUUUCCUUGAUUGACAUUCAAGCUCCCACAAUGGAACACCAACCUGAUUCUUCUACUCCUGUCAACCUUUUUUUUGUCUUUUUUGCUCCCGUAUCAGAUUCAGUUCAAUGUAAAUGAAUACGAGCUCACAUUGCUCUGACUAGGAGUACUAGAGCUCUGCACAAGAUAAUUUCAGUACCAUUGUAGGAUGUCCCAAAAGUUUGUUAUCAUAUACAUUACAUAAUGUAAUAAUGUAUAUUUAGCUUACAUCAGAUCACCUUUUACGAGUCCUUGAGUUUGGUUGCUCUAGAUGUUUUUCAUAUUUUCCCUCUAUAGCAUUGCCAUUUUUCUAGUUAGACUAGCAGUUUCAAACAUUUUUAUAUGAACAAGGUAGGAAGGUGUGUGACUUCCUUACACAGUUCCUAAGGUUUGUGCCUAUAUGUGUUUUAAGUUUGCCUUUAGUACCUGUCUCAUUAACAACAUGGAAGCCAUAAACAUUUUCUAGUUCAGAACUGAAAUAUGGUAGCAAAGUUUUCAUAUUGAAAUCAAUCUUAUACUUUCCACAUGGCCA